AUGGCAAAGACUCCAGGAGAAGCCCACCAUCUCGUUGGCCGCUCCCAUUCUUGUGACCACGACCGGCUAUUGUGGAAAAUCCCAGAAUAUACCCCCACAGGCCAUUGCCUUUCAGCAUGGGACGCCCGACAGAAUCUUCUUGGCCGAAGUGCUCCAGUUUCCAUUGCUCCCAAUGCGAAGACUACGCGCAGACGUCUCAAAAAGCGACAGACCGACUUCUCGAUUCAGAUGGACAACUCGAGCGGCAUUGAUGCCGAAGGACCGUGGUUCGAUGGAGUGGUUGCCCUCAAAAACAAAGAAAUCAGUGCGGUCAAUGCUCAAGAGGCUAAGUCCAAAGAGAUUGCCAUCGUCGGUGCCGGCAUGGCGGGUCUGAUGACUUGGCUCGCCCUCAACCAAUCCGGUAUGACAAACCUGUCUCUUAUUGAAGCAGCUCAACGACUUGGUGGGAGAGUCCACACUGCUUACUUCGGCGAUCCGAGCGAAAGGCAGUAUCAAGAAAUGGGCCCGAUGCGUUUCCCGCUCUCUUUCACGUCAUCCGAGACAAAUCAGACAAUACAGAUUCAAGAUCAUCGCAUUGUCUUCGAUCUGGCCGCCGAAGUGAACAAUCUGAACGGCAACAAUACCAAUUUCACCGUCGACUUUAUCAAGUGGUACCAAAACUCCCCAAACGGACUGUACUACGUGAACGGCGCCCGGAAACCCAAUGGCCAGGUUCCGACUCUGUCAGAAGUCCAAGCAAAUGCAUCAUUACUGGGAACGACUUCUACCCAGCCAGAUGACCCCAAUUUGGAUACGCUCGACGAGGACGUCAAUGCCAUCUACAACAACGGUAGUUUCCUCGACCAGAUGGCUCGCAACAUAUACAUGGCUCACAAGACAUUCCUGGAUCAGGGACUUGGUGGAUUGGGAGGGGAUGACUUUUCCGAAUUUGCCUAUGUCCACAACGUGCUUGGAUAUGCGUUGAAUGACACUUUCGUAGAGCUCGGAGGCUCUGGAAGCGAGAGUUUUUGGGAUAAUUUGUAUGAGUCGAUGUAUUUCUCUGCGACAGACUGGAGGACAAUUGAUGGCGGCCUAACUCGUCUUCCCAGUGCCUUCCACCCACUUGUGGACAAUAUAACCUACAUGAAUCGCAAGAUCCAGCGAGUCCAAUACAACGAAACCACAAAGAAGGUGACAUUGCAGUGGAAGGCCAAGCCGCUCGACAGCACCUUCCAGAACGCAAGCUACGACUUGGCGGUGGUCACUGUCCCUAUGCCUCUGGUCCGAACCUGGCGUCUCCCGGCAUUCUCAUAUCUUCUACAGACCGCCAUCGACAGCUAUCCUUACUCCCAGGUCUGUAAGGUGGCGCUCCAGUUCCAGACCCGCUUCUGGGAGCAUUUCGAUAAACCUAUCUAUGGCUCUUGCAGCACGACCACCGAUAUCCCGGGCAUAGGGAGUAUCUGCUACCCGAGCUACGACAUCAACUCGACCGGGAAAGGGGUGAUGCUCGCCAGCUACACAUCCUCGGAUGACGGGUUGCGCUGGGCGUCGAUUCCGGAGGAUGUCCACGUCCAAUAUGUCGUAGACGCCAUGGCUGAGAUCCACGGGCCUGUAGUGUAUCAGCAAUACACAGGUGCAUAUAACCGACGCUGCUGGAUUCUGGAUCAGUACGAAACAAUCAGUUGGGCGAGCCCGGACAUUGGAAUGAGGAAGUCCUUCAUCCCGGCGUUUUUCAACACGGAGCAGGGCAUCAUCAUGAGUGGUGAAGGGACGAGUUAUACCAGUUCGUGGAUUGCGAGUGCGCUGGAGAGUGGCGUCAGAGCGAGCGUCCAGCUACUGCUUGAGCUGGGGCUGGUGGACGAAGCAAAAGCUGUGACCGAAAAAUGGAUGGCCCGAUGGAUUGAUGUGUAG